UAUUUUUUUCUUUCUUUCUCAGUCUCAACUCACGAAUGGCGGCAUUGAACGAUGUUGUCCAGCAGGAGCUGAACGAGAUGCGCGUCCAGAUUGUCCAGCUGCUCGACGGCACGGGCUCGACGGGUGGCAACUACCUGGACCGCAUCCACCACAUGAUUGACAAGCGAGACACGCGACUCAUCAUCAACAUCAACGACAUCCGCGCAGCGCGACCAGAGAUUGCUCAAAGAUUGUCGCGAGAACCCAUCACAGUCAUCCCCGUGUUCGAGGCGGCGCUCAAGGAGGUCGUGCAGAGCGUCGACAAUGUCUUUUUCAAUGACAAUCCGCUGCUGAGCGUUGGCUUUGAAGGAUCGUUCGGAAGCCACCAAGUGACCCCGCGCGGACUCACGGCGAACUUUGUGGGCCAUCUCGUGUGCAUCGAGGGCAUCGUGACAAAGUGCUCGCUGGUCCGACCAAAGCUCGUGCGAAGCGUCCACUACUGCCCUGCGACGAAACACACGCUGACGAAAGAAUACCGCGACGCCACUUCCUUCAACGGCUUGCCGACGGGCGGCACAUACUUGCGAGAAGAUCCCAACGGCAAUCCGCUGGAGACAGAGUUUGGCAUGUGCACGUACAUUGACCACCAGACGGUCGGCAUCCAGGAAAUGCCAGAGAGCGCGCCGGCCGGCCAACUGCCGCGGUCGGUCGACGUUAUUCUCGACAACGAUCUCGUCGACCGCGUCAAGCCUGGCGAUCGCGUCCAAAUCAUUGGCGCGUACCGCGUCCUCCCAAACAAGCAAGGCUCGGAAACGAGCGCCAUCUUCCGCACCAUUGUUAUCGGCAACCACAUCCGCCUUCUCAGCAAAGAAAUCAUCCAGCCCCUCGUCACCGAGCAAGAUGUGCUUGCCAUCAAGCGGCUGGCCAAGCAGCGCAGCAAGGACAUUUUUUCGCUUCUUGCACGCUCGCUUGCUCCCUCCAUCUACGGCCACGAGUACAUCAAGAAAGGUUUGUUGUGUCUGCUGCUCGGUGGUCAGGAGAAGAAUCUAUCGACUGGCGGCCAUAUUCGCGGUGAUAUUAACAUGAUGCUUGUCGGCGAUCCGUCCACGGCCAAGUCGCAAGUACUCCGAUUCGCGCUGCAGAUUGCUCCGCUGGCAAUCGCGACCACCGGCCGUGGCUCGUCCGGCGUCGGUCUGACUGCUGCAGUUACGAGCGACGCGGAGACCGGCGAGCGACGACUCGAGGCUGGCGCCAUGGUGCUGGCCGAUCGCGGCAUUGUGUGCAUUGACGAGUUUGACAAGAUGAGCGAUGUGGAUCGCGUGGCGAUUCACGAAGUGAUGGAGCAGCAGACAGUGACGAUCGCCAAAGCCGGCAUCCACACAACCCUGAACGCGCGCUGCUCUGUCAUUGCCGCGGCCAAUCCCAUUUACGGGCAGUACCGCGCGGAGACCUCGCCGCAGGACAACAUUGCCCUGCCCGAUUCGCUGCUCUCGCGUUUUGACUUGCUUUUCAUCGUGCUGGAUGCAAUGAACCCAACGCACGACAGCCACAUUGCAGAGCACGUUCUGCGCAUGCAUCGGUAUCGCCGUCCUGGCGAGGCCGAUGGCGAGGCGCUCUCUCUGUCGUCGGACUCCACCGCAGCCUUGCUGCACUACGACCUCGAAGACCGGCAAGCCAACGCUGCCAACAAUCCGGACGGCCGCGACGGCAUUUUUGAAAAGCACAACGCGCAGCUCCGGGGCAAGCAGACUCAGGAGAUUCUCACCAUUUCCUUUAUCAAAAAGUAUCUCCAGUACGCCAAAGCCCGCGUCCAACCUGUGCUCACGCAGGCUGCGGCCGACUUUAUCGCCUACGAGUACAGCCUGCUGCGCGCCAGCGAGUCGGAGGAGCGCAAGACGCUUCCCGUCACUGCGCGUACCCUCGAAGCCAUGAUUCGCCUCGCCACCGCGCACGCCAAGGCGCGCCUGUCCCGCGAGGUCACGGCCGAUGACGCGGCCGAGGCGUACAACAUUCUCAAGUUCUGCCUCAUUGGCGUGGGCCCGGACGCAGACAGCCAAAAGGCCAAGCUCGAGCGCGACGCUCGUGCCAUGCGUGGCGAGGACGAAGGUGACGAUGAUGAUGAUGGCGACGAUGGUGCGGAUGGUCGAGACGGCGGCAACGGCGGUGGUAGCACUCGUGGCAGCGUGUACAGCGGUCGCAGCACCCGCACCAGCCGCAGCAACGUUGAUUUCCGAGGCAUGGAUUCGGCCCUUGAAUCCACCUCGGAUGACGGAAAGUGGAAGGCGCCAUCGACGCCCAUGCGCGCAAAGGACGCGUUUAUCAAGACGCUUCGCGCCCAAGACGAGGCUAUUGCCAUGGCCGCCGCCGCCGAUGCUGCCGAGGAGGAUCUUCGUCGCGAGCUCGAGCAGCAGCAGCAGGCCGAUGAUGAAGCGACUGCGUCCGGCUCGACACGCUCUUCGCGCCGGUCUGCCCCUGCUUCGCCCGCCUCCAUCAUUUCCUCCUCGCGCGGCAGUCGCAAGCGCGUCGCCGAGGAUGCGGAGGACGACGACGAAAUCCCUCCCACACCCCGAUCUGCGCGCGGCUCCCCGCGCUCCAAGGCCGCUGCACCAUCGCCCGCCUCUGCGAGAAAGAGGGCUCGCUCAACCGAAGAGGCCAGCCAAGAGGCAGAAGACGAUGAUGACGAGGAAAUUGACGCCACUCCUCAACGCGCUGGCCCCAGCAAGCGUGUCGCUCCUCAAAGCUCCUCUCCCCGCAAGCGCAUUCAAGUUUCUGAUGCUCGGCUGGACGUCUUCAUGCGAGACUUGGACAACAUUUUCAUGCAACUCAACUCCACAUUCAUCGAUUUGGAGGUUGUCUACCAGCGACUGGUGGGCAAAUCGCGGCCUGCUUGGACGGACGACGAGAUUGGCGCUUGUCUCGACCGCCUUGUUGCUAGCGAAAAGCUCAUGCUGUCCGAAGACAAGGUUUUCCGAUUGUAAAAAACCACCGCCAGCACCAUCGUAGAAUGUCCAUGUGACUGUUAAGACUCGAUUCAUAAAAGCCAAGUUUUCGUUUUUCCCUCCA